UACCGACCGCGUCGAUACAGCUGGUGACAGUGUGGAACUUUUCGCUGCUCCAUGCGUUAUGUGCGGAGUCAACUGACCAGUAAAUUCUAGGAAUAACGGGGGCAAUGGGGGCGACGCCGAGCCGCUAUGAGGACCUCUCCAAGAACGUGUACCUGGGAAGAUUCUGCGGGAAGCAGAGCAUACUCGCGAACGAUCCGUUCUGGAGCACGUUCCUCUCUUACAACAUACGACCGCCCAUCACGAGGAACGAUCAGAUAGAACUGGACUCUCGACUGGACCUGUCGUGCCAGCAGUUGCUCGUCAACAACCUGGUUACCGGCAACUUCGGCACCCUGAUACAAAUAGCUCUGAUACGCAUCAACGAGCUGCUGGCGCCUGUGCAGAAUCAAAACAUAAUAUCGGCAUGGCAGACGUACAACGCGCUGUUUGCCGUGAGAUGUAUUUUGAAGUAUCUCAUCGAGACCGUUGGCGAGGAACAGAUGCUAAAUCACAUUGAAGCGCCGCAAACGGCAAGCGAGGCGCUCCCUUCUUACAGACUGGCGUAUUUUAUUGAAGCGCUGAUAGAACUUAUUACAGAUGUACCUUUAUGUGAAUUCACAUAUGUCGUGCACUUGGAGGCGAUCAAUUGUUUGCUUGUGCUGCUCUCGGUGCAAUUAUUUUCUCAAACCGCGGCCGAGUACAGCACAGUGUACAGGAUAGCGAUGCACGCGCAUCUAAACCAACACGCAACCACCAUGGUGUGCACCCUGCUGCACAAUUUCAUCCAGCAGGAACACGCUCCUCCGGGGUUACUGACGCAGCAGUCCGGGGGUAGUAUUGUAUUCAGUAUUGCUGCCGGCUUGUGGAACGUGAUAAGAAUGGGCAUAGGCAGUAGCUCGAAAAAUGUGCAGGUCGCACACAACGGCACUGCUGAGGAUGAGGAGAGAAAACGCGACACGGAGACCCCGCUCGCUAGUCAGUCGUUGUUACUUCUAUUGGUUCUGACGAAUCACUGCACCGCCACGCAGAAUCCGUAUAGGAACGCGCUUUUCUCUUUUAUAGAUAUGCAAGAAGAGCAUACUAUAUCGCAAGGACAGGCAGUUGAUACCUUCAAAUUUAAUCUAAAUAAAUUAUAUAAUACCAUUUGUAAGAUACCAAAUACCGACGAAGUCACGCUGCUGCUCUACAUGCUGUUACAUAGAAAUUCGAGCGUGAAACAGGACAUAAUGAGAAGGCCUGACAUACAACUACUGGUAACUCCGAUACUACAAAUAUUAUAUCAUGCGCCAAACAACACAUCCCAUCAUAUUUAUAUGUCCCUCAUUAUCUUGCUAAUUUUGAGCGAAGAUGAAACGUUUAACAAACGAAUACACGAAAUUAUACUUAAAGGUGUAACGUGGUACACCGAGAGAUCCAUAAGCGAAAUAUCAUUAGGUGGUCUUUUAAUUCUCGUUGUGAUUCGUACGAUACAAUAUAAUAUGUUUAAAAUGAGAGACAAAUAUCUUCAUACAAACUGUCUGGCAGCCCUAGCAAACAUGUCUGCCCAAUUCACAUCCCUACACCCUUACGUUAGUCAGAGGUUGCUAAGUCUGUUCGAGACUCUUGCAAAAAAGCACGCACGGUUAGAAGCAAGAAUUCUAGAGCAAACAACACAGUUGACCAAUCACCCUGCCAGUGGUAACGUUAGUGCUAUUAAUGUAGACAUUAAUAUUGAUUUAUCAGGUGAUGCUCCAACUGCUACUGGAAAAAAGGCCAGUUCUUCCGUUACUGCUACGAACGAAGAUUUGAUUCAAGACUUGACUAUACUCGAGGAGGUCUUACGGAUGGUGCUAGAAAUUAUAAAUAGUUGUUUAACCCAUAGACUCGCGCACAAUCCGAAUUUAAUUUACACUCUCCUGUAUAAAAAGGACGUCUUUCAUCCAUUCAGAAUGCAUUCUGCUUUCCAAGAUAUUGUACAAAAUAUUGAUUCUGUAAUUAAUUUCUUCUCUUAUAAAUUGGAACAAAAGGAUCAAUCACAAUUAGGUGUCAGUCAAGUAUUAGCCACUAUACGACAAGGAACUUUAGAAUGGCCAAGAGACCGUUUAAGGAAAUUCCCAGAAUUAAAGUUCAAGUAUGUAGAAGAGGAACAACCAGAGGAAUUCUUCAUUCCUUAUGUGUGGAGUGUCGUUUGUCAAGGAGCAUUGUUACAUUGGAAUGCGGAGAAUAUUAAAUUAUUUUCUCCCAACAAUAGCGAAGCAACCAUAAUUGUUUGCUGAUACUGAGAUGAGGGGUGCUUUCUGUUAUAAGUAUUCAGAGCGAUAAGGUUAAUAUAUAAAAUUAUAAGUUUACAAUAGAACUUGUCACAAACCAAAAACAUAUUUUUUUUUAAUGGCCGAAGAUGAGAAUUUUAAGAACUAGAAGAGAAAAAUAAGAAUGUAUACAGGAAAGAGUAUAAUGUAUGGCAUCGAAUGCAAUUAUUGCAUAAUGAAAUAUACCUUUUAUAAUAAGGAUAACAUUAAGACGAAAUUUUUUUGUCACAUCAUUUUCUUGUAUAAUUUAGUAUUUGCUGCGAAAGAAAGAGAAGAACAAAUGAAAAGUUAAAUUAAAAAUUACUCAUUCUCAUGUUACAUUGUACGAAAUAAGAUGCAAGAGAGAUAAAUAACAGUACUUUAUACUCUUGAAAAUCAGAUUUUGUAACUUUUUCCAAUUUUGUUUUUAUUAUAUAUAAAUAAUACAUACCAUGCCAAAAUGAGGUUGCAAUUACUGCACCUCGAUGGGACUGGUUAAAGUUAUUGUAAUAUUUUGCAUCAUAAACGUUGUUACAGGGGACAGUGUAAUUUUACGUUAUUGAAUAUCUACUAAUAUAUGCAUGAGAAAUUACAAUCUUCGCAAAUAUAAUUUACAGACGUCCGUAUAACUUCAAAACUAAAUGUUCUUGUAAUCUCGCAACUAAAUAGAGAUACCGAUUGAAAAUAUUUUUUAACGCAAACACAUAAAAUUAUCAGUGAAUUACGUUAGUAGCCUAAUCAAAGCAGCGUACAAUUUCAGUUUUGAUCUGCGAUGUAUUUGUAAAUAAUUAUUGAGUAAAUUGAGUUUCCACUUGUUUAAUUUAAAACGUAGCAACGUUAAUAUUUGUAUAGUUCUGUUACCCACGUUGUACAUGUGCAAAUAACUUUUAUUUAAUAUAUACAUCAAUAAAGACUUUGAUACUUAAAUAAA